GUUUACGAUUCACUUGCUGCUUUUUCGUGUUUCAGUUUCGCGCUUCUCUCCUUCUUCGUACCUCGGUUAGGGCUCGAAGUUGCGGCUUCUCUCUCUCUCUCGCGCGCGCUCGCACGAAGUUAGGGCUCCUGUCGAAUCGGGCACGAAUCUGGUAAUUAUGACGUCGUGGUUUAACCAGAGUUGGCCCCUGUUCGAAGCAGUGACCUGCCCGCAGUCCUUUUUCCGGUCCAUCCAAUUUCAGAAGCCAUCAUCUCCACUUGCCCAAAAAGAGUUGAUAGAUAAUUUCUGAAUAUUGAGCUCAAGUAAUUGCAAACCACAUUUGAAACAUGAAUAUGGGAGGAAGUGUCGUUUCUGAGCAAUUGAAGCCAGCUGUAACUUUGACGGGAACUGCUAAGGAAGGGAGUGGUGGGCCUCCAAUUGGUGUGGUAGACAUUGGUGAAAGCGAAAGGUCCUACCUAUGUCGGGUCACCCUGCCAGGUCUCCGGAACAAUGAGAGUAAUAUCAAUUGUGAAAUCCAGAGGGAUGGAAAAGUACAUAUUCAUGGAGUCGUGACUGGUGGAGUUUUGAAAGAUCCGUGGACUACGUAUGAGAUGAAAGUGCAGGAACUAUGUCCGCCUGGACGGUUCUCCAUGUCCUUCAAUUUGCCCGGACCUGUUGACCCCCGACUCGCUUCCCCCAAUUUCAGGUCUGAUGGCAUCCUCGAAAUCGUUGUAUCUAAGCCAGUGUCUUCAGCUUGAUCAUUGUUUGUGGCCUAAUCGUUUUCUCGUACUGUUGAAUUUUCCUACAAGGCUGCUUGAAGGAGCUCUGAAACUUGGAUAAAUACUGGUCUCCUUGCCUUGUCUUUUAGAGAACAUUGAUCUUGUGUUUCAUUUAUCUAGUAGGCAUGAUAGUGCGUUGUUAGUUUUGAACCACCUAUUGGAAGGACCCUUUUUGUAAUGUGCAUGGCUCAUUGAUCUUGUGCACCA